CUCUGCUGCUCCUUGUUUCAGGAAGUGUCAUAGGCAAGCAGCCCCAGCUCCUCGGCUAUGGGAGGCGGAAGUGCCUCCUAGGUAAAUUGGAGCAAAUUGCAGUCGAUCCGCAGCAAGAAGCGGGGUUAAACCCGAUAUUUCCAGCGGGUAGAUGAUAAGGACUCGGAAACAUUGCAAGAAGCUUUGGCAUUACAAAGGGCAUAACCCUCCCCCACCAGCACCACUGCCAACGGCAGGAUCGGGAUUAUUAUUAUUAUUAUUAUUAUUUUCUUAAAACAUUCUCGUCUCCUAAACCAAAAAGUAUCCGGCCCCCUUCUCCCCGCAAGUCUCUUGCCGCCCCCAUUAUCUGCCUAGGAGCUCGUGUUUUCUGUGCGGUGGGGCGGGGAGGGGGCAGUCCUGCAGUCUGAGCUCGGAGGCAGACUGAGAUGAAAUCAUUUGCGGUGGCCCUAGCAUGGCAUCUCUCAAGAGUUUCGGCCGGGCUGGGCAGAGAGAAGAGGAGGAGAACGGAGACCUGGACCGAUCGCUCCAGCAGAUGCUGCGGGCGAUAGUGGAGGAAAGGAACCGCAUUAACAUCCGCCAGGAGAUCAGCGGGCUGGGUUGUUUCAAAGAUGAUCGCAUCGUGUUCUGGACUUGGAUGUUUUCUACUUAUUUCAUGGAGAAAUUGGCCCCCCGGCAGGAUGAUAUGCUCUUCUAUGUCCGCCGAAAGCUAUCCUAUGUUAGUGGUGAUAGCACGGAGGGAAAGAAGCAGGUCGAAGUUGAAGUUUACCGUAGGGAUUCUAAGAAGCUUCCUGGCCUGGGUGACCCAGACAUGGAUUGGGAGGAGAGCGUCUAUCUGAACCUCAUCCUGCAGAAGCUGGACUACGUGGUCACCUGUGCUGUGUGCACUCGCUCAGAUGGAGGGGAUAUUCACAUUCACAAAAAGAAAUCUCAGCAAGUAUUUGCAUCUCCAAGCAAACACCCAAUGGACAGCAAAGGAGAGGAAUCAAAGAUCAGCUACCCUAAUAUAUUCUUCAUGAUUGAUAACUUUGAAGAGGUGUUCAGUGACAUGACCGUGGGGGAAGGUGAGAUGGUCUGCGUGGAGCUGGUGGCCAGUGACAAAAGCAACACCUUCCAAGGAGUGAUCUUCCAGGGAUCCAUCCGUUAUGAAGCACUCAAGAAGGUCUAUGACAACAGGGUGAGCGUUGCAGCUAAGAUGGCUCAAAAGAUGUCCUUCGGCUUUUAUAAGUACAGCAACAUGGAGUUUGUACGGAUGAAGGGGCCCCAAGGUAAAGGACAUGCAGAGAUGGCAGUGAGUCGAGUUUCAACUGGAGACACUUCUCCAUAUGGAACGGAGGAAGAUUCGAACCCAGGAUCCCCUAUGCAUGAGAGAGUCACAUCUUUCAGCACGCCACCGACCCCAGAGCGCAACAAUCGACCAUCCUUUUUCUCUCCCUCCCUCAAGAGGAAAGUGCCCCGAAAUCGGAUCGCUGAGAUGAAAAAAUCCCACUCGGCAAAUGAUAGCGAGGAAUUCUUUCGAGACGAUGAUGACGGAGAUCUGCAAAAUGCUUCGAAUCUAAGGUCACGGUCCUUAUCUGGAACAGGACGGUCUCUGGUUGGCUCAUGGCUGAAGUUAAACAGAACAGAUGAAAACUUUCUACUCUAUGCACAUUUAACCUAUGUCACUUUGCCACUGCAUCGAAUUUUAACAGAUAUUCUGGAAGUGCGGCAGAAACCAAUUCUGAUGACAUAGCAGAGCACUGGGCACUGCCUUGGAAUUUUGCUGCCAAGUGCCUAUCCAUGAUGGUUUUCUGUGACAACACUACCAUCUAGUGUCAGGAAUAUAAACCUACACAGAAAAAACGGGAAGUUAAGAAUACCAGCCAAUUAAAGUGCCUCUCUCUUCCUUCCUCUGCUGUCAUACACCGUCUGCACACAAUAGUAAUACAUCUCUUUAAAGUGUUCUGACUAGAGGACUUUCAAAAACAAAACCAGAAGGGGCUGUGUUUAAAAACAAAAUCAAUGCUUUAUGAACAAUUUGUUACCGUGUUUACUUUAUAACUGAGAAACCAACAUGUACAGAAUGUGUUGAACUUUAUUUUCAUUGAGAGAAACAACUUUAGAAUUUCAUAAUGAUGUACCAAUGAACUUUGUUCAUAGACUCUUGUCCAUGCCCUCCUUGUUAUAAUGGCUUUGUGUGCAUGUGUUUUGGGAUGCAAGGGACAAUAGAAUAUUUUGCUAGUCAGAAGGAGUAAGGAAAGAGAUGCAACCAAGGUGUGCUGCUGUUGUGGUAUGUGCAGUUGGUCAGGAUGAAGCUAAAAUAAUGCUUUCAAUGCUCUUUUUCUUUUGGUGUGUCGUUCCUGAAUUCCUAAAACAGCUUUAUUCCGUGAUGACUGUUUCCCCAUUUACCAAAGAACAGUGAAGACUUCCUGCUCUAGAAUGGUCUAAGGGAAAGAGCCAACAUAAGAAGGGAAGAAAAUGCUGCUCUAGAAAAUCUGUAGUCCAGUUCCAGUACUGCUGCUAUGAUGUAGGAGUAAACCCAAGUCUUAAUGUACAGAGCAAUGGGAGAGCAUAACUACACUCCAGUACCAAACACGUUCAGAUUAUUAUUAUCCUUCUGCACUCGCAGGACUGCAGCGUAAUGAGUUCUCCUCCCAGAGGCUUUUGACUGACUCAGCAAUUUCCCUGGAUUCUGUGUGUGUUAGUUUCUGUGAUGAUUCACUGUACUGAGGCACAAAGGGUUUUCUUUAAAGACAAGCUUAAGUAUAGUUCUUCUCUGAAAAGUAACUGAAAUGACCUCGUGACCUCGUGGGAGGCUUGCGGUUGUGUGCUGUGCUUAGCAGUAAUGCAUGUUUUUCUAAAUAGCAGCCCUGUAAACUUCUCUGGGAAUCUGAAAGUUCAAUUGGUAAAUACUCUGCAACCAGCAUUCAGUAAACAAUUCUGAUGGGGAGCCAGAAUAUAAAAUAGUUCCCUUUCUUAGCACUGCAGAGCCAAUGCAGUAACUGGCAGACUCUAAAAUACACACAGGAAGGAGAUCAGUUGAGAGAGCAGAUGCCAUUCUUAGUUACUUUUCAGGGCUUGUCUACAUGUAUAAACAAGCCCUCAGAAUAUAACCACUCUAUGCUCCAUGCUGGCAUUGCAGUUACCAACAUGUCAUGUGCUUAAAGCCUAAAUCUUUGGUUUUCCCCUUGACCUUUUCCCAAACUGCUUUGUUGUUGUUCUCUCACUAGCAUCAGGUGACUUUCAAGUAAAGCUUUACAGCUUCAUUUCUGCCCAGAAGCCAUGGAAACGGUUCCACUACAGCUUAAAGGUAGACUGUAUCUUUAUUGCACGCCCAGGAUGAUGGCUCCAUCUGGUAAGAUAUACUUGUCGGUCUGUUUAUAGUUACACUUUAAACCUAAAUUAGAAUAUGCAUUAUUGGAGCCUAAGGCUGGAAGAAGUCAACUUAAUGCAAAGUGAUGGUAUUUCUAACACUGGCAAUGUGAACACACUACAAGAGACUGUAGGCCAAUUUCCCAUUCACUUUAGGCAAACUGUUUCAGCUCUAAGUAACUUAUUAACCAGUAGAGUUUAUUUUGUUAGUGCUAACCAAUAUUACUGCAGAUUAGAGACGAUCUUAAACAUUGUUCCUCUAGUCCCUGUGUCGACAAUUAAAUCACUUUUGGCAACCGAACAACCUCCAGUCUUUGUCUUGAGCCUCUUAAAAUGCCCUAAUUCUGCACUUUUCAUACUGCUGGGCUAAGCAAGUCAAUACAGUUUCCCUUUAACUGUUCAUUGCAGUGGUGAAGGAGAGGAGAGAGAAUAUUUGUACUUCUAGAGGCAAUUAGAACAUUUGAACCAAAUACUCUGAGAUUAGUAAAUAUUCUGAAUAUGAAAAUUUACCCAUUUGGAAAUGUGACUUAGGUGUCUGAGUACUGUUCUGUCUCCAGCCAUUUUUCCCCUCUCCUGCCCCCAGGCUGACGUCAAUAUCGUAGGAUUAAAUAGCCUAAAUUCUCAUGGGCUGGAGGCCCAAACAGUUCAUGCUGUGUAUAUUUUCAGGAUAAAUGGCAAACACGGCAUGAUACUAAACUAAUCAGGAAUGUACGGACAAUUCUAGGAUCAAGCAGUACAAAUUCUAUAGCCUUAUGCAAGACAUACUGUCUUGCUGUAUUGUGUCUGGACUGGAGUUUUGCUAAUGUCUAGCUUUUAAAGAGCUAGUCUGCCAGUUGUUUGGUAUAUUUUAUACUGUGUUAACUGAUCUGCCACAGGCACUCUGAAUGAAGAGUCACCUUUUUGACUAGCCGAAAUGGGCUGUAACUGCAUGAGCUUGGACAACCACAAGAAAUACAAAUCCAUGUGUUUUGAAUGUCAUUAGUGCUCUGAGGAAAUUGCUAGAUGUACCAAACUGUAAAAUAGCCCUUCUAAAAAUCUGAAGUAGAACUCUCUGUACAGCUCUAGUCAGUUGUUUUCUGUCAAGUGAAAAGCUUAAAUAUUUGUAAUGAAACCUAAUGCUCCAGAGUAGGAGGAUUUGGGUUGUUUUUUUAUUAAACCCUAAGAAUCAAAACCUACAGUCCUCGCAGGCAGGAGUCCCAGUGGCAUUAGCAGGAGGUUGGCUUGAGUGAGGCUGGCAGAUUAUUUGGACCUUGAGUCUCUUAAAAUGCCCUUACUCUGCACUUUCAUACUGGACCUUUAGCAUAUUAUUGCACUACACCAUAUAAUGUGAGGUGGGAGCCCCUGAUCUUUUUAUUUGGAAUUUUUCCAUGCUGUAGCUCCAAAGCAUUAAAUCAAUGGAGCUGAGGCUCCACUGGAAUAAAAAAAACUACCAAGGAAUGUACUGAAGUGUUGUUGAGCUCCAUAAGUAUACCAUAUAGAUGACAAAUACGAGUAAACAAGGUUUUGUUUGCCCAGUUACUGUUUUGACUAUUGAAGCAGCAGCAAUUUUAAUGAUGUAUACUGAAGCUUGACAACUAGAAUGGAAGUUCUUGUAGUAUGAGAAAGCACUGUGGUUAGCAUGAGCCUGGAAAGCUUUGCUGCUCAGGUCAAUCUGUUAAUCCAUUGGUUAUUUGUGUUUGAUCUGAUCACUUUUUCCAUUGUGCUGCACAACCACCACCUUUGGAGAGCUGAAAUUGGCCAUAUUCAUCAUCCUUGGGAUAAAUAUAGAGACAGAUGUCAAAUACAAGCGUGUAAGAAAUCUGUUUAGGUUGAAAAACUUAAUACGAGCUUAUUACACCUUUAAUGUUACCAUUUCAAGACAUUCUCCGUGAUCAAUUAUAUUGUAUUAGCAGGGCGGUGAUGUGCCUUAAAGACCACAGUGUAUGUAAAAUUCCAUUCAAAGUCUUUACAAUUCCCUACAACCACCACAGGAUGUCUUCCAAGUCUGUCCAACCUCUUGCAUAUGUAACAUCAUUGAUAGAGGCCAUUCUAGAAAUGUAUAAGCUUGAGCAGGCUUGGUUCACCUAACUUUGAGAAUAGGUUCACUUUCCUUCUCGUUAGAUUUACUCAACCAUGAGGC